AUGGGAGGCCUAGGACUCAAUAUCAAUUGGAGCGAGCAUCGCUGGGCGAUCUUCUACUGUCUCGUGGCCACGAUUGGUGCGCUGUGCUAUGGUUAUGAUUCCAUCUACUAUACCGGUAUCCAGGGAAUGUACCAUUUCAAGCGCGACUAUGGCCAACGUACAGCACCUGGCUCCGCGGAGGAAUGGGAAUUGGGAACAGUCUUCCUUUCCGUCUCCGCUUCGAUCAUCUAUGUUGGAGAAUUCGUCGGUGCCAUCCUCGCUGCUCCCAUCAACGACAGAUUUGGACGAAGAGCUGUAUUUGCGUGUGCAAGCUUGUGCAUCAUCGCUGGUGCCAUCAUACAACUUUGCUCGUAUGGAAUCGAAGGAUUGUUCUACGUCGGAAGAGUCUUUGUGGGACUGGGAGUUGGACAAUUCACAGCCACAUGUUUGAUUUACGUUGCGGAUGUGGCGCCAACUGAGAUUCGUGGACCUGCACUCAUGUGCUUCCAGUUCAUGCAGUCCAUUGCACAGUUCAUUGGAGCCUGUGUGAACCAGGGAACCGAGACGAUCGAUGGCGCAGCCUCCUACCGACUCCCGGUCGGUCUUCUCUGUAUCUUGCCGCUCACUAUGCUCAUCUGCCUGCCGUUCAUCCCCGAAUCGCCGGCAUGGUUCAUGACCAAAGGCCGUCGAGAGGCAGCCGCAGCCGCGUUGAACAAGAUCAACCGUAGCAAGCCAAACUACUCUCCGGAGCCCGAUCUCGUUGUCAUCGAGGAUGCGRUGCAGCUCGAACUUGAGAUGGAGUCGGAAUCCAGCUGGGCGAGUUUGUUGACCGACCCAGUCGAGAGGAGGAAGCUGCUGUACGCAUGCGGUGUCAUGUUCGCACAGCAGAUCAACGGAAUCCAGUUCUGGUACACAUACGGAGUCGUCUUCGCGCAGUCCAUUGGUGUCGGCGAGCCAUUCACCAUCAACACCAUCAUCUAUGUCGUACAGAUUGUGACUGUUGGACUUUCAGUCGUGUUCGGAAACAAGAUGAACCGGAGAACGAACCUUCUCGUUUGCACCAUGGGCAUGAUUAUUUCGCUUGUUGCGGUUGGAGGUCUAGGCACCACUCGUAAUGCUGAUGGGGGCUUCAGCCGUGGCGUCGGAAUCGGCAUUGUCGUCUUUGCAUACUUCAACGUCAUCUUCUACAACUUCUCCAUCGGUACGCUUUCCUACACCAUCGCGUCGGAGAUGGCAGUAGGACGCAACAGGAACAAGAUCACAGCGUGUGCGCUUGGCACCUUCUUCUUCACCGUGUGGAUGAUGGUCUUCACCUCSCCAUACAUGUACUACGAUGCGGACCUCGGCCCAAUGUUGGGAUUCGUCUAUGCCGGUGGAAGUUUGAUCACGCUGGCCUACUCAUGGUUCUGCGUGGGCGAGACGACAGGUAGAACAAAUGCCGAGCUGGAGAGACUCUUUGCGGACCGCAUCCCUGUGAGGCAGUGGAAGACGCAUGUGUGGACAGAUGAUUUCAGCAGCAAGGUCGAAGCCGAGAAGGCUGGCGAGGGAAGAGUAGAGAGUGUUGUCGAGUUGCCGAAGACGGAGCGUGAUGUGUGA